AGCCGCUCCUCCCGCGGGGCUGCUCUUGGGCCGUCCCCCCUCCCCUCCUUGUUCCGGAAGCCGGUGCCCGGCUACAGGUGCUGGAAAUGGCGGCCGGUGACUGCGAUGUGGCGAUGGCUCCGGAGCCCGGCGCGAUGUCGGAGGAGGACAUGGAGAGAGAAGCUGAAUUAUUUAAAGAACAAGGAAAUUCAUUUUACGCAAAGAAGGACUACAACGAAGCAUAUAAUUAUUACACAAAAGCAAUAGAUAUUUGCCCUAAAAGUGCCAGUUACUAUGGCAACCGAGCAGCUACACUUAUGAUGAUGGGUAAGCUCCGGGAGGCCCUUGAAGAUGCACAGCAGGCUGUGAGACUGGAUGACACUUUUAUGAGGGGUCACCUGCGAGAGGGGAAAUGUCAUCUUUCCUUGGGAAAUGCCAUGGCUGCCGGCCGGUGUUUUCAAAAAGUUUUGGAACUGGAAUGUGACAACAGUCAGGCAGUCACUGAGUUGAAGAGUGCAGAAGCAGUAUUGGAGUAUGAAAGAAUAGCUGAAAUUGACUUUGAAAAAGGAGAUUUCAGAAAGGUUGUAUUUUGUAUGGAUCGUGCCCUUGAGUUUGCUCCUGGCUGUCACCGCUUCAAAAUCCUUAAAGCCGAAUGUUUGGCAUUACUUGGUCGCUAUCCUGAUGCCCAAUCAGUCGCAAGUGAUAUUUUGCGCAUGGAUUCAACUAACGCUGAUGCUUUGUACGUGCGGGGACUUUGCCUUUACUAUGAGGACUGUAUUGAAAAGGCUGUGCAAUUUUUUGUCCAGGCUUUAAAAAUGGCACCUGAUCACGAAAAGGCUCGACUUGCAUGCAGGAACGCUAAAGCUCUACGAGCAAAGAAGGAAGAAGGAAACAGGGCUUUUAAAGACGGUUCUUUUGACAAGGCAUUUGAACUUUACACAGAAGCUCUGAAAAUAGAUCCAAAUAACAUCAAAACGAAUGCUAAAUUGUACUGUAAUCGGGGCACAGUAGGCUCCAAGCUCAAUAAGAUGCAGCAAGCAAUAGAAGACUGCACGAAUGCAAUAAAGCUUGACGACUCGUAUAUCAAGGCGUACAUGAGACGGGCACAGUGUUAUAUGGAUACAGAACAAUAUGAAGAAGCUGUAAGAGACUAUGAGAAAAUUUACCAGACAGAAAAAACAAAAGAGCACAAGCAGCUCCUUAAGAAUGCUCAACUUGAACUGAAAAAGAGCAAACGAAAAGAUUAUUACAAAGUUCUUGGUGUUGACAAAACUGCUUCAGAAGAUGAAAUUAAGAAAGCCUACAGGAAGCGGGCAUUGAUGCAUCACCCAGAUAGACAUAGUAGUGCCAGUCCAGAAGUACAGAAAGAAGAAGAAAAGAAAUUCAAAGAAGUAGGAGAAGCAUUCAGUAUACUGUCAGAUCAAAAAAAGAAAGCACGUUACGAUACCGGUCAGGAUGUGGAUGAUGACGGCAUGAACUCGGGCGAUUUCGAUGCUAAUAAUAUUUUCAAGGCAUUUUUCGGUAGCCCGAGUGGUUUUAGUUUUGAAGCGUCUGGUCCUGGGAAUUUUUUCUUCCAGUUUGGCUAAUGCACAACUUUUUUGUUCAAUGUCACUGGGUGUAACUCAAGCAAAAAUAAAUCAAUACCCAUGUUUCCCUGUGUUUAAUCUAUUUAGAAGAAAAAUCUUCCAUGUUUCAGUUGGAUACCUCUUGUAUUCAUCUACUUGUAUGUUCUGUUGAAAAAUAGAAGCUGUCGUCACAGGGUAUGAAACUGACCUAUUAAUGCAUUGUUUUUAUAAUCUUAUUAAAAAUAAAAAGGAUUACCUCAGUUUUUUUUAAGUAUGCAGUCCCUUCUGCUAAUGACCUUCAGUUAGAUACAUAAAAUCUUUUGAACUUUUGCGGAGCUGAAUGCUUCCUCCCAACGUGGAAAAUCAACCUUUUGUCUAAAACACAAAGGAAUUUUUUCUCAAUGAAGCAGCAUAUAUUUCUCCUCGGAAUGAUCAACCUUACAGAUUUUUUGGAACACAUUAUAUUUUGUCAACCUCUCUGUCGUUCUUCCAGGAAAAUCUGCCUUGUUAGUCAAAGGAGCUUUAGAGAUUGACAGGGGGAGAUGGGAAAAUGAUUUGAUUUUAGACCUGUCAGCUUUACAAGUGGACCAGCAGGAAGUUUGCCGUCAUUGUUAAGUUCCAUCUAUAUCUGGAGCCUCAGAGCCGGAGUAAUUCACAACAGCACAAAGAUCUAGUGAGCAAAACCUCUCAAGUUCUGGAAGUCGUUAGAUGUUCCAUUCUACGUUAUAUUUAACAUAACAGUUAUGUCUGCACGUGCUUAGCCUAAAACUGCACAAGUGCACGAUUUUUAAAUAAACCUGAAAGGAAACAUGAACCGUACAUUGUUGCAGUCAACCUCCAGUUACACAGCUCCCUUCACAUGAUGUACAUGUCCCAAAAGUGACAGCAUUGUCGCAAAGAUCGUUCCUUGUGAAGGUUUCCUUGCAGAUCGCACCAUUAGAGUGGACCUGUUGAUGCUCAUUUCUUUUGGCCUUGAUCAUAUGUUUGAUCGCAUCUAGAUAUUAUAUUCCCACAGAGUGUAGCUUUUGGCAAACUAAUACUCAGCAUUGCUCCCUCAGCAAUGACUGCAUUGGCAGGGCUGCUUUGGUUGUUUUAUUAAACAUUGCACCACGCGAGGUCAGGUUCUUGAGCUUCAGGGAGACCUGAGCAGAUAAGUUUAUUUGCCAGGCUCCUUAGUGUCUGUUGGUUGCAUUAAGGCCAAGCUUGUAACUCGGCAGAUCAGUAUCUGAGAUGAUUGAAUGAGGUCGGUUUGAGAGGAGGAUAAACUUAAAAUUGGACAUUUUAUUUAUAGGCCGAACGUAUAAAGUGUUUAUUUUUUGUUCUGCAUCUGAUUAAAAUGUUUCCAUGGGAAUAAUUUGGUGAUGUGAGUAUUGGAAGGGUAAAUAGCUUUAAAGUAAAUGCUCUAAGUUGUGGGUAUAGGAAGAAGGGUAAAUAAGGCCAUAAGUGAUAGGAGCAGAAUUAGGCCAUUUGGCCCAUCAGGUCUACUCCACCAUACAAUCAUGCCUGAUUUAUCUCUUCCUCCUAACCCCAUUCUCCUGCCUUCCCCCCCAUAACACCUGACACCCUUACUGAUCAAGAAUCUUUCUAUCUCUGCCUUAAAAAUAUCCCUUGACUUGGCCUCCACAGCCUUCUGUGGCAAAUAAUUCCACAAAUUCAAAUAGCUUUAGAGUAAAUGCUCCAAGUUGCACAGCAGGCUUUUAUUUGACGUUGUGUCUGCUUGUCAUGAGGAAAAAAACGAUUCAUUUCUUACAAGAUCUUAUUCAUCAUCAUUUGGAAGAUCUUGGCGAAGGACUAGACUACAAAUGGUAGCCUGCAGCAUGUUGGAGCCCUUUGUGCAUGUUGACAGAGUGCUACUUCUACCUUUCAUUGAGCUCUAAUUUUGCGAAUAUCUUCGACCCUGUCGUCGCCGCAUGAUUUAAAAUAAAAAUUAGAACACCUCUGUAAGUGUCAACCAUUCACAAAGCAUGUGUUCAAACACUGACCAUUUCAAAUGAAUGUCAGGAAAGGGAUUCCAGCUCAUCUAGUCUUUCAGCCAUGAAUUCAUGUCCACGAAGUUCAGAAAUCUCCCAUGUCUUUAGGGCUCUGCGCUCAGUAUUUGGUCCUCCUAAUCUUCUUAAAUCAGGUCACAUUAUUGAAAAAAAUGCUCCCGUUUUAAUGGAAUUCUGUAAUAAUCCAUCCGGUUAAUGGCUGGGGCUAUCUUGAUGUAAUACUAACUUACAUGGGAAUAACUCUUGCGUGUCUCCUCGCCUUGACAAAUGAAUAAAUUGCAAAGUCCAUUUCAAAGUUAGGGGUGGCAACUUUUUAGUAAAUAAGUAGUUUAAUUUCUUUUCGUGUUGGCUUGGCAGCAUUCAUUCCAGGAGUAGGACUGCACCAUUUGUUUAGACUGAGCUUUACAUAGAGCUGACUAAACAUAAAACUUUGAAUUCCUUGCCAAAUUCUACUCUGCGGUAGACCAGACAUUGCAGUAAAACAUUUCUGUUAAUAUUGGUUAGCAUUCUGGUGUAAAAUCAUACUAAACAUUUUGAUUCAACUGUUUGGAAUGGCAAAUAGGUAAGUUACCACUUCUACUGUUUAAAAUCAAACAGACUGGUGUAUUUUAAUGUUCAAAGGUGCAUAGUUCUAAAGAAUUUCUUCAAAACAAUAUUUUUGAAUGUUUCCUUAGGGCAUUGAAGAUGUUCUUCCCAACAUAACAAAACAGGUUGUGCAAGUCUGUUCUUUUGCCCCUUUUAAGGUUUUUAUUGAUUUUAAGUCAAACGUUACUUAAUGAAAAUCCUCGUCCUAAUUGCCUGUUGUUUGGUCAGAGAGGUGUAUAUAUCCUUUAUCCAAGUAACCUGCACCAUAAUAAUGUAAACCAAACUAGAAGUGAAUAGUAGUAAUGAAUGGACAGAAGGGAUUGCUAAUGCAAACAUGCGUUAAUAUGCAACUU